CAAGACUGGAGGAAUAACCACUAGCCUGAACGACCAUCGACAAAUCGUUUCCUCAGGUGAGGAGUCCUGCUGUCAGAAGUUAUAUAACUGCAGACUUAUUCGGUUCCAACUUCCCUCAUCCACUCACACAACUUCACAGUAUAGCAUCAACAGCACACACAAAAUGUCACAAGCAAUCCUCUAUCCAGUCAAAAACACCUUGCGAAAAGAGAGUCAUCGCACUGGGGCUGCAGCGUAUGCUAAGGCCGUCCGCAGAUAUAACUUCAAGACUGGCAUCUUUGAAGGUAACAAGGGUCGCGUCUUGGCGAUUAAAGAGGAUGGCUCUGACCACGAAGUCCCUGCCGAAAGCAUAGCACAUGAUUUGGAAUAUGUAGUUCCGGUGACCAUCGGAACCCCGGGUGUCGAAAUCAUGUUAGAUUUCGAUACUGGGUCCUCGGACUUGUGGGUUUGGUCAUCUGACCUCAAAGCCAGUCAACCGACCGCGUCGGGCCAUGUGGUAUACGAUCCCAAAAAGUCGAGUACCGCCAAAGAGGUUCCAGGCGGUACUUGGAAAAUCUCUUAUGGAGAUGGAUCCUCUGCCAGCGGUGUCAUCUACAGAGAUGACAUUAAGAUUGGGGACCUCCACUGCUCCGAGCAAGGGAUCGAGGUUGCUCAGAAACUUUCGAGCUCUUUCCUCAACAGCCAAGGCUCCGAUGGGCUUUUGGGGCUCGCGUGGCCUCAAAUCAACACGGCAAAUCCCCAACAGAAGACCCCGAUGCAAAACAUGAUUGAGAAGAGCAUCACUGACCAGGGAUUGUUCACGGUGUGCUUAAAGCACGAUACUGAUGGUAAAGGCUUUUACUCAUUCGGAACAAUUUGUGCCGAAGAAGCCGGCGUCUCGGAGAAAGACAUAGCCUAUGCGCCAAUCGACAACAAGCAGGGAUUCUGGGCCUUCGAAUCAACCAAGGCAAAGAUAGGCGAUGAAGAGAUUGAAUUGUCUGGAAAUACUGCGAUAGCAGACACUGGAACCACGCUCGCCUUGGUAUCUGAAGCCGUCACGGCUGCUCUUUACAAGCAGAUCCCUGGUGCCGUCUUGGACAGAAGCCAGGGUGGCUACGUGUACCCUGUUGAUGCUCAGGUGCCCGAUGUCCAACUGGCUGUCGGUGAGAAAAUGUACACGAUUCCGGGGAAAUCUUUGGCCUACGGCCCUCCAGAAAAAGGAAUGGUCUUUGGUGGUAUUCAAUCACGUGGCAACAAUCCAUUUGACAUCUUGGGUGACACUUUCUUGAAGAGCGUAUACGCCGUUUUCGACCAGAAGAAUGUCCGCAUUGGAUUCGCUCAACGAAACGCCAAGUGAAAAGUGCCAAACCUAAUGGGUGUGGAAGGCUUGGUGGCCAAAGACUCAUAAAUCAUAAAUGGACAGUAGAUUCCUGAUGAAAAUCGAACAAAGGGAUCAUUUAUUACAUUUUUAUAGCUUAGCUUAACAUCAUGUUGUACCGGUAGUCUCACUCAGACCAAAGCUAUCUCAUACAUUUUGCAGCCAAUAUUAUAACUCAGCUUCUGUGAAAGAGUCCUACAUCUCGUGUAUUCAAGAGUAUUUUUUCCAAUAAGAGGCAUUGAGACACCCUUGAGUGCGGCGAUGGCUGCAUGAUUUGAAAAAUUGGCAUUCAGGUG